AUGACAAAUAAUAUAUUUCAAACAAGAAGUUGGAAUGACCAUUUAAAUAAUCAAAAUAUAUUAAAAGGGAAGUUUAGUUCAAAUGAAAGAGAUAUAAUUAAUAAUUCGGUAAAAGAAUACAUUAAGUCUCAACACUGGAAUUGGGAUGAAGGAUUAGAUAAUUUAUUCUCAACUAGAGGACGAAAAAAAGAUAGGCAUUGGCCAAUUAUUGGAGAAUCUCUACCAAACAGGUCUCUUCAAUCAAUAUAUUACUGUGCAAAAAGGAUGUUAAUGCGAGGAAAAAAAGGAAAGUGGACAAGAGAAGAAGAGCAAGAACUUAUUAAACUUGUUAAUGAGCAUGGAAAGAAGUGGAGCAUGUUUGUAGAAUUUAUUGGAAGAUCAGCUGCCUCUAUUAGGGAUAAAUGGCGUGAUUUACAUACAAAAGUCGGUGAAAACAACCUUGAUGAUUCAAGAUGCAGUUUAAACAGUAAUUCCCAGCAUGAAAAACUGCUUAAAUCAAAAAUGCCAUUCGUUAUUGAUGUGUUUGUACUUUAUUGCAUCGAACAUUAUACAGGUAAAUUUCUUCCGUUCAAAGGGAUUUCAUGGAAGGCAAUUAUUGAGUCUUUUUGUUCUCCUAAUUUUCCUAAAGAAUAUAUUAGUUUUUGGAAAAAAUGUUGCAGAAAAAUAAAUAAAAAGUUGGGUGUUCAUCUUCAACCCAUUAAUGGAGUAGAUCUAUCAAAUUAUUAUGGAAAAAUAAGUCAAGGUCAAAUACGCCUAAGAUAUGUUUCCUCUCUCUAUCCAAAGCUUAAAUCUAUUCAAGGCGAGCAGACCCGUUCUCUCAUUUCGAAUACGUUUUCUCAAGCUGUAAAGUAUCUUUAUGAAACUAGAUACAAUUAUUCACAUAUCGAUGAAAUUAAAUAUAACGAUUGGCCGAAGCUCCUUUCUGCACAUAUCCCUCUUACAACUCUCUGGUCAAGAAUCAGAUUGGCAUUAACUAGAAUUACAAAAAAAAAUAUGCACAUUUCUGAUAGAAUUUCUAUAUUAUAUGAGCGGCUUAGAAAUAAACAAUUGCAAUGCCAGGAUUUAGACUCAAUUGAUUCCACAGACUCAAAAUUCCUUUUAGAAGAUGAAGGAGAUUAUGCUAAUGAAAAUAUUGAUCAGUGUUCUUAUUUUCAUGUAGAUACUAAAAGACUACGUAAAAUUGUUGUUAAACUAUUGAGAACUCAAUCAAAGCGUGAGAAAAGAUCGAAAAAUACGAGUAGAUUACAGAAAGAGUAUAGCUCACUACAACAGGUAUUUCAUUCAGAGGGUUAUAUUACUUAA